CCGGAUGGGAAAGCGGUUACGAGGAGAAGAUGGUGGAAUCUGCGGCAGCAACGUGCACGAUACCCCGUCCUAAACUUUUCGAAAAACAUUUAUCUUCUCAGCCUGGUAUUAGAUAUUGGUUACCUGGGGACAAUCAUAGAUAAUACACGCUUAAAAGACGGCGAAAUCCCAUAUUCCACGCCUUGGGUGGCCAUAACACUUGGAAGUGUUUGUAACGUUACAGCUGUUCAGUGGUCAAGUCAAAAAGUAACGUAACGUUAACGUUAGCUCACGAGUUGGAGGACAUCGUUCAUUUGUUUUGGGAAAUUUUGAGUCAUCGCACUGCUGCCGUAAGUCCAGAAGGCAAGUCGGCUCCAGCCAGCCGCCCACUGUUUUAUGUGACUACUGAGUGUUGAUCGGACAUCGGUCAGCCAUCGUGGGAGUCCCGCUGUGACUGCCGAGCUAAGAUUGUCCAAAACAAGGGACCGACCAACUGACUGGCAUCAUGCCAAGAAGUAAAAAAGGGAAGAAAGGUACAUCCAGUAAAGGCUCCCUUCGCCAGGAAGUGCUCCAGCUUCAGCUCUCGGGGAAAUCCACCCCCCGUUCAGGGAGGAAUGGAGUGAAGGGGGAGUCUGGAGUCAGUGAUGAUGACCUGGCCUCAGACGUGCUUAGCCACUACAGCAGUGCCAGCGAGUGUGCCUCUGUAAUAGACGAGGGAACAGGGGGAGGAGAGGUAGUAGACGAACAAACCGCACAAGAGGAGACCGAAGACAAACUGAAGCAAUGCAUCGACAAUGUCAUGGAUAAGAGUGUGAAGGUGCGUAUGAGCGCCCUGGAGAGCCUCCGGCAGGCCUUCUCCUCGCGCCUGCUCACGGACUUCCUCCUAGAGAGACGGCUCACGCUCAGCGACUGCCUGGAGCGCUGCCUCCGCAAGGGGGGGGGUGAGGAGCAGGCGGCGGCGGCUACCGUGUGCGCGCUGCUGUGCGUGCAGCUGGGCGGCGGCCCCGAGGGGGAGGAGGGCUUUAAGGUGCUGCGGCCCAUCCUCAGCGCCAUCCUGAUCGACGACUGUGCCAGCCUAUCGGCGCGCCAGAGCUGUGCUCGUGCAUUGGGGAUGUGCUGCUACGUGUCAUCUGCAGAAGAUGCAGAGGACCUGCUCAAGUCCCUGGGCCACCUGGAGAGUGUGUUCAGCUGCGUGUACCCGCGGGCGAAGGGGGUGAUGCCCGCCGUGAAAGCUGGCACCCCCCCUCUACACACCGCUGCUUUACAGGCCUGGGCACUCCUCAUCACUCUAUGCCCUGCAUCACACCUCAACAACCUCAUCAACCAUCACCUGCCUCUUCUGCAGGCGUGUCUGGACAGUGCUGAUGUCAACUUCAGGAUUGCAGUGGGAGAGACCAUUGCUCUCCUUUACGAGCUGGGUCGGGACAUUGAACAGGACUUUGAUUACGAGGACAGUGACUCUCUGUGCGAUGCUCUGAAGAGCUUGGCCACAGAUGGCAAUAAGCACAGGGCCAAGAACGACCGCAGGAAACAGAGGUCCAUAUUCCGGGAAGUGCUGCAGUAUAUAGAGAAUGAAGACUUUUCUGAGGAGAGGAUUCGCUUUGGUGUAGAGGCCUUGUACAUUGACUGCUGGGUGCGCAGGCGGAUCUACGAUGCCUUCAAAGAGGUGUUUGAGUCCGGAGUGCGCCACCACCUGCAGUGGAAUCCUCUCCUGAGAGACAUCUUCGGCUUCGGUGCCCCCCUCAUCCCGGACCCGUCAGUCAAAGUCAAGAUCUCCCGCACAGAACGGCAUCUCUACAACUCGGCUGCGUUCAAAGCUCGGACUAAACUACGCAACAAGGUGCGGGACAAGCGAGCGGACGUGAUGUGAGGGGCGGAGCUCACGGAGGAGUGAGCACCUGGGCCACGAGGUAGCCAGCCUCCGCCCCUCCUGACCCCCGACCCCCCCCCCCUCAAAGACCACAUGACAGCGGCUGCCAAAACACUCUGCAAGGGACUUCGCAAGCAAUGCAAACAAGUGUGCGUGUGUGUGUGAGUGAGAGCGAGUGAGUUUGUGUGUGUGUGUGUGUGUGUGUGUGUGUGUGUGUUUGAGUGUGGGUUUUAUUUUUUAUUUAACACCAUGGAAUAAAAACCAUAAAAAAGAGCAAAGAUCCUGGGAAGAAAAAAGAAGAGAAAAUCUCUGGAUGGAACAUCUAUAGGAAAACAUUUCUGCUAUGAAGACAAAGCAAAAAGUAUUUUAACUUCUAAUUUAUUUCAAGUGGGAGAAGAUACAUUUUAAAAUGAAAAAAAAAAUGAAGAUCUGUUUACACAUCCAUCGAGAUGGAAAUGCAUCAGACCCUAUGUAGUUUUUCUACUUGACCACAGGCCUGACAGUACUGUUUCUCCUGUGUAAAUGUAAGGAUUUCAGACGCACACACACACACACGUGAGAGGACGUCUGGGUGGGUGGGUGUGUGUGUGUGUGUGUGACUGGAAUGUGUACACACAAGUCUGUAUGUGACAUACCCAAGUGCAUACUGCACGUAGUGUUGUCAUCAGUGAGACUGGUGGUGCUCUGUGCCUACAGGGGAGUCAUGAAUGAAUCAUGAAUUUAAAUAAAAUAUCAUUAAUAU